GGGUAGAAAGGGUAAGGUUCUUGGCUUUCUCUUCAUGCAUUCAAAAAUAGAACUAAAAAGCCUGUGUGAAUUGAAAACGACAGUGUGAAUUUCUGCUGCUUCCACUGAAAACUUAAUUCUGAGUCUGCUAAUAUCUUACCUUUGGGGGGAUAUAUUGUUAAGAAGAAUGGAGACUUCAGUGAGAAAUCAUCAUGCAAAGAUUUUUCCUAAAGAAGGAACAUAAGCACUCAAGAUGGGAAGUGACAGCACAAACAGUAUGAGAGUAAAGUGCACUUAUCUACAGAUGCUGUUUCAGGACUCCAUCUUUGCAACCACCUAUAUCUUUUGGCAGGAGUCAUAAUUCCACAGUUUUCCUUGCUGAACAUACUGAGAUAUUCAAGAUGGGCAGCAACAGUACCAGCAGUGCUGAGAGUAAUUGCAAUGUCACUUAUUUGACAUUUCAGUACUCUCUGUAUGCAACCACCUAUAUCUUCAUAUUUAUCCCGGGUCUCCUGGCUAACAGUGCAGCCCUGUGGGUUCUGUGCCGCUUCAUCAGCAAGAAGAACAAGGCCAUCAUCUUCAUGAUCAACCUCUCAGUGGCAGACCUUGCUCAUGUCCUGUCCUUACCUCUUCGGAUUUACUAUUAUAUCAAUCGUCACUGGCCAUUCCAGAGGGCCCUUUGCCUGCUGUGCUUCUAUCUGAAAUAUCUCAACAUGUAUGCCAGUAUUUUUUUCUUGACAUGCAUUAGCCUUCAGAGGUGCCUCUUUCUCCUCAAGCCAUUCAGAGCCAGAAACUGGAAGCGUAGGUACGAUGUGGGCAUCAGUGCUGCUGUCUGGGUCAUUGUGGGGACUGCCUGUUUGCCACUUCCCAUCCUGAGAAGUGCUGGCUUAGCCAAUAACACUGAUUCUUGCUUUGCUGAUUUAGGACUUCACGACAUUAGUAUGGCUUCGUCCGUUGGCAUGGUAACUGCCGCUGAACUUGGAGGGUUUGUAUUGCCUGUUGUAAUUAUUACAUAUUGCACAUGGAAAACAAGAAAAUCUUUACAGGAAUUCCAAGAUCCACCUCAAAAUAUAAAAGAGAGGAAAAAAGCUUUGAGAAUGGUUCUAAUGUGUGCAGUGGUAUUCAUAGUCUGUUUCACUCCUUACCAUCUCAACUUCCCAUUCUUUAUGAUGGUAAAGCAACGUGUCUUCUCAAACUGUUCCUUUAUUAGGAGCACUCUAUGUUUCCACAUCAUUUCCUUGUGUCUUGCAAAUCUGAACUGUUGUCUUGAUCCAGUUGUGUAUUAUUUUAUGACUUCAGAAUUUCGUGAUCAAUUUUCAGAACAUGGGAGUUUGGUUAUCCAGUCAUGUUUGCAUUGUAAGGACAGCACUUUGGAAAUUCGUCAGAGGAAGGAGAAUCUUCAGACUAUCUCUCUGGAAUGUUUGGAUGUUCCAACACAAUGUGAUGAAAUGGUGAUCUAAAAUAAUCUUUUUACUGUGUCAGUUGAGCCAUUUCAAAGUGAUUCUGGGUAUCGUGAAGAAACUCAGCCACUUCACUCAAAAAAAUCUGUCUACAGGAAUUCUCUAUACCAAGAUUAUUAGUGGACUAUUGAGAAAAAAAAAAACCUUUCAUACGAUGUGAUAAUCGAGAGAAAUAAUCACACGUGUUCUUCAGUAAUGGGGCCAAUAGUCUCAUCUAUUACUGAGGAAUGCAAAAUAUGUUAAAAAUCUAGUGGACAUGUACAAGUUAUUCCAAUCUUAAAAAGUCUACAUUAGAAUAUGACCCUAUCUUUAUUUAGAAAACAUACACUACUUAAGCCAAUUAUGUUAUAGAAUGAUAGCCUUUCAUAUUGAUAUGAAUUAUGGAAAUUAGCAACAGAAUAAUUUAAAAUAUCUAUAAUAUUAUCUUUUCCUCACUUUGAAUCAAUUCAGGUGAGCCUCUGAAAAUUAUCACUGAAGUUACAGACAAUGUAAACACCUAAAAUGGAAUUGUGCUCUGCAUAUUUGAAAAGGUGGUUAAAGGC